AUGUUUGCGGACAGGUUCUACGACUCGCGACUCGUACACGUUUCAAGUCUUGGAGGGCUAGCGAUUCGUGUAGCUCCACCGACGAAAAACGCAAAUUUGUCGGGGCAAAUGGACCAUUUGCCGCGUGUUUUGCUAGUGGAGAAAUUUGCGAAGCAGCAACUAGCGGUGGAAAGUGUUCUACGUCGUGAGGGUUUCCAGUGGGACCUAGCCAAUAGUAGUGAACAGGCGAUAUCCAACUUUACUCGCCAGCCUGCCACAGGCGCUUUAGGAGCCAGCGGUCCUACCUACGAACUCAUCAUGCUCAGUGACUCGCUCACCGACAGCGAAGUGCGCGCUAUUGACCGAUUUGUCGGUCCCAAGGAGCGAACGAAGCGAAUAGCCGAACGUAAGGUGCUUGUUUGCGUGGUUGUGUCUGCUGGGUGUGACGUCCCCUUCUCGAAGACAAUGUGCCAAGCGUGUCGACGAGCACAAGGCCGUCGUGUCAGGACAGAACCGGUGGCUUCAGCUGCAAGUAGAACUCCAGAGCCGCCUUUAAUGGCUUGUCCUCAUUGCAGCCUGGUGACGGAUUCAAGUGCCAAAGCAACUCUUUUGUCCCCAAUUCUAGCAAACAUUGGCCAGGCUAUCGUGUACAAGCACGUGAAGACUGCGACGUUGCAUCGGCUUGCUGAAAUGUGGGCUACUGAUGUGAUUAAAGGCAGCAGCCCAUCAGACCGCGGGCCACGACACUACGGGGAAACUCAUUUGGGUCUUACCCCGCUCUCGUUCUUUGCUGAAGUGGACAAGCAGAUUGCAGCAGCCAAGCGAGGCGUAUUCUUGUCCGAUCAUCACGUUCCAGAGAUGGCACUUAGCGCCAAGGACACGGUACUAGCCCAUCGCCUAGCACCAGAACGGUUUUCAAUGCUUCCGACGGACCAGGUCCGAUCUGCAUCUGCAUAACACGUUAAUACACUUUCUUCUUCGGUCA